AUGUCACUUCGCAAUCCCCUCAGCAGCCUGAAGAUUUCUCGGGGCCGAUUACAGGAACAUGUAGUCGCGGGCGAUGAAACUUUCGAAGACGCGCGAAAGGAAAUGCAAGGAGAUCUCAAGCGGACACACGAGCACGUAAAGGCUAUACCGUUGUCCAGUCUUACCCGCAAGCAAGCUGCCCGCUAUGAUAUCAUAUGCGAAACCCUGACGCUUCGAACGGAUGCGGGCUAUGCAUCUACUGAGAGGGUGUAUUUCAAGCCUUGGUCAUUGCUCAAGCUUCAGCAACACCCCAUCGAUCACAGCGAUAGAGAAACCGGAUGUGAUGAUGACUCAGACGAAGAUGAUACUGGAGCUUUCUUAUGCAAUGUCCUGGUUUAUGAAUUUAUGCAAUAUGCCAGGGACGGGCAGCCGCCAGGAAACACACUGGAGUAUCUGUCGGGCUGGUAUGGGGGUUCCUUUGAUCGCAAAAUUCUGAAGAGUCGAUACAUGGAUCUGGCCAUGUUUAGUGACCCUCACAGGAAUCCAUUGGCCUCGCCACCUCUCUCUUUCGACGCUGUUUGGUACAGGUACUUGCCCCAAGAACUGCCACAUAUCAGCUUGAUCGUCUCAUACGGGGGCGUGGGCAAUGACAACCUCCUGCGUUCGGAAGUCCUUGCCCUCGUCGGAAUCAUGAGGACCCGGCUUGGACAAACGGAGCUCAGAGAGCACACAAUAGCUCCUGUCCUCAUGAUAUCUUGCAUCGGCUUCCUCAAGGCAAGGAUUAUUCAGGCCUACUACACCAAUGGAAGGCUCAUGAUGUUGAAAAGCCCCCUCCACGACUUCUCCACUCCAGAAGCCAGAGGAAUCAAUAUCCCUCUUUUCCUGCUGUACAUGUGCAGUGAUUGUAUCGGGGAUACCAAGGCCCUGUCGCGGGAGAUCCCACUGAAUGAGGAUACCAACCCCUAG